UUACGUUGAUGCUUUGUCGUUGCUGUGUCGUUACCAGUGGUCGACGGUAUGCAGCCGUACCUACAUGAGAGCUCUCAUCAGAUCUGUCUUCAUGGCCGGCGUCAUGGCCGGUUGCAUCGUUAUGGGCAUGAUAUCAGACAAAUUCGGUAGAAAGAAGGUGAUCAUUGUCUCGUGCAUGGCGAAUAUUGCGAUGAGCGCUCUGGUCGCGUUAUCGGCCAGCUACACCAUGUACAUAACGUUACGAUUCCUUCUCGGUGCUACGUGCGCUGGAAUCUACGUUGUCGCCUACACAUUGUCGAUGGAGUUCAUUGGACCGAGCAAGAGGAACGUAGUCGGCAUGAGCAUGUCGCUGCCAUUCACGUUGGCUAUCGCUCUACUCAGCAUCACUGGUUACUUCCUCACGCAGUGGAGAGCCUUCCAAGUCGCCAUCUCCCUACCUUUAGUCCCCUGCUUGAUCGCCACGAGGUUCCUAGACGAAUCCGCCAGAUGGCUCCUCGUGCAUAAGAGGAAGGAAGAAGUGAUAGACAUCAUAGAGACGGCUGCCAAAAUGAACAAAGUCGUCAUUCCUGACGCAAUAUAUGCUGAGACGAACAACAUUGAAGUCAGCGAGCUGACCAGCCAGGCGACGCUUAAAGAUCUGCUAGCGUCGAGAGUCAUCUUACGACUCACCCUCAACCUGUGCUGCAGCAU